AUGCUCCCACCCAACCCCAACUUACCACCGCGCCCUCUCAGUGCGCAGAGGGGGCGCUUUGGUGCACCGACAACACCUGGCAACGGCGGGCGCGGUGGCGACAGCGUGCGCGUGCACGGCGAUGGGGGAAACCCCGCUCCCGGUACUCAGCGUGGAUAUGCGAACGAUCAGCAGCAAGGUUACAUUAAUGCAGGGUACCACGCCAGAGGAGGCCACGCUGGACAGGCUGGCAACAGAGGAGGAUGGGGUCAAGGCUACAACAGAGGACACAACCACAGAGGAUUCAGCAACCACCGUGGCCGAGGAGGCAGCUUCCGGGGUGGACCUCCGCCUUCCCCGACUACGCGACGCGACAUUCCGGCCAGCAACUCCACCGUGACUCCUGGCUACUCCGCAUCGGCGCCUCCGUCGCUGCACGGCUCGAGGGCACCAUCGAGGGCCGAACCACAUGCACCACCCCCGGCACCUUCUCGUCCCGGAACUGCAGACCCCACCAUGGUGCAAUGGUUCCAGACUGCACCCUCGCGCCCCGCAUCGGCAGCACCGAGAACGCAGGUGGAACCGAUUGAGACCAUCGAAUGGUCCGACAUGCCAGACUCACGCGAGCCCUCACGUGCUCCCUCCCGUGCGGCGUCCCAUGCGGGAUCGGCGCCGGGCACCGUGCUGUUCAGCACGCAGGGCCAGCGAGGGCUCGGCUCGGGCAGUCUCUCAACCGCCGGUUACACUGUGGCCACGGCGACGCCUCCGUCUCUCCAAGGCUCAGCCUGGAAUGCUCCCCUUCGCUUCGACCAAGGCCCCCGUGCUGCACCCCGUGGUCGUGGUGAUUAUGGCCGCGGACGUGGCGGCCGCUUCAGCUUCCAAGACAUCGAUCAGCCUGGCUUCUACAACCGCUCCUACAAUGUGAACAGAUCCGACAACACGCCAAACUACAGCUACCCCAAUUAUCGUGGCCGUGGACGUGGGCGGGGACGCGGCAAGCUCUGGAUUCCCCGCAACCCGCUCACGCCUGAGGCGCUCGGCUCGCUCAAGGACGAUAGUUACGCUGCCACUGGUACCCUCGGCAACUGGGCGAGGCAGACGCGCCCACUCUCACCUCCGCUCGAGGAGGAAGACUCGCGCCCUUCAACGCCGUUCAGCUUGCCUCCCACGCCGCAGGGUUCGCCGCACGCCCCCUCAACUGCACAACCUCACCUCGGGGCCAAGCUCGACGCCUCGGCGUACCCUCACAUCUUUGACCAGAUCUUCGCUCUCACGCCGCAUGCGGGGUUGCUCGUCCUUCGUCUUGUGAACCGUGCCGUGAAGGACCGCGUCGACGCACGACUCUUCCGCCACGUCCUGCUGUGCACGCCAGAGCGUGCGAGCGGUCUCGUCCUGCUCUCACCCUGGGGCGACCGUCUUCCCUUCGUGCCGUGGGACCUGGACCCCGCCCCAGCCCCAGACCACAGGGACUACGACGACCCGAUUGAGGAGUACUUCGGCCCGCUUAAGGAGGAGGGCGACGACACGGCGGCGCUGGACGCGGCGUACUUCUCGCGCAUGGCUCAGCUGCGCCACGUGCGCGUGCUCGACUUCUACAGCACGAAGAGCCGCAUCAAGCAGCUCGCUCUCGGGCUCAAGGACGUGCAGCUCGUGCGCUCCAAGCCAGACUGGCACUGGGAGCGCCACCCGCGCAAGUGGCGCGUGCAGGCGCCCACGUUCGUGAGCUACCUGAACCUGGUGCAGAGCUGGGCCGAGUUCGACGACGCGGGAGGCUGGGGUCUCGAAUUUGCCGACGGGCAGCUCGCGUCGCCGUUCGCGUUCCUCAUCCCCCGUACCCAGCACGCGGUCCUGCACCUGCACUACGACAGCGAGCGUGGUCUGCUUCCCACUCGCUUCCGCUGUUUGCCGGACCUCGAGAGCCUGACGCUGGUCUGGCACAACGCAGCGGGCGGGGACGCGAAUCCGAAUCAGCUCGUGGAGAUCGUCCAGGGCCUGCCGAUGCUGAAUCUCACUCUCGUGGGUCUCGAGCCGCGCAACAUGCUGCAGGCGGGUGACUGGACCGCGCCGAUCUACACACGCCUCGACCAGCUCGGCACGCCCAACUUCCGCCACGUCCGCAUCAUGACCCGCCGCGCUUGGGAGGAUGGCGCCGACCCGCUCAUCGCCCAGGAUGCGCUCACCUAUACCCAGCCGUACAUCCCUGUCAACCAGGACUUUGGGUGGGACAGCGACGACGAGGCGUUUGCGCGCAAGUACUACCGUCCCGAGCCUGAGGGUGUGGCGGAGGAGAGCGAUGUGGAGAGCGAUGCCUGA